UUCCUGAGAGUCUCUUCCAGGCGACCUAACGCGAUCGCCGGCUGUUACGUCGAUCGGCUGCUUGACCACUCCGUGUUCUCCUUACGGUGCGCGGUAUCCGUCGAUGAGUUUCACGUUGUCGCGCGCGCGGCCAGUUCGCCGUGCAUCCCGCACGAAGUAUCGGGAAAAGUGAAACGGAAGUGUGUUGGACUUUGUGGUCCCGAAGAGAGAUUUUUCGAGCCGCGAGACGAUCGGACAAUUUAUCGGGCGCGCCGAUAACGCGCCCUUGGGAGGCCAAGGUCUUCAUGAAGCUCUGGGGAGAACGUCGGUGCGCUUGACCGCGCGCGCUCCGUGGGAUUUGCGGAAUUGCGGAGCACGUUAAUUGCUCCGAUUCUGAACACGCCUUACCUGUCUAAUCGGAUCACGAAAUUCAGAGUUUUUACAGACUGUACCUUGCAAGAGAGCCUAAUGCUCGCGGUGGAUAAAGGAAAACGAUGACAGGAUGUCGAGCGUGGAGGAUAAUUUUACUCGUUGUUAUAUGGAAAACGACCGCGAACGCAAACACGAACGUCGAGCAAAUCUAUUCAAAUGACGAAAACAAGAAACCGUUCGAGCCGAACAAAUAUAUUUAUUCCUGGACAGGGCCAAACGCGUUGGCCAGGUCGGCCUUGGUCGAGAGACAGGAAAGACUGCAAUAUAAUUGCGAGCUUGAAAGUAGCGAGGUUGAUAUUGACGCGUUAAAUCCAGAAUCAUUCAGAAAUAUCCUCGUGGAUGAUUUGCAUGAAUUGCUCUAUUGUUAUGUACCAAAGGUGGCUUGCACAAAUUGGAAGCGCGUAUUAAUGAUCGCGACCGGAAAAUGGCCCGGUAACGAUCCUUUAGAAAUACCGGCCGAUCAAGCUCAUUCCCCCGGCACUUUUCAGCGAUUGAACAAUUACACUCUGCCCGAGAUAGAGAAGAAAUUGGCGACGUACGACAAGCUAAUCGUCGUGCGACAUCCUCUGGAGAGGCUUUUAUCGGCCUAUCGGAAUAAAUUGGAGACCAAACAUGAGAAAAGUGCGAAAUAUUUCCAGACUCGCUUCGGCAAAAAAAUCGUCAAGAAAUACAGACCGAACGCGACCGAGGAGUCUUUGAGGAAUGGCGACGACGUGACGUUUCACGAAUUCGUCGAUUUCAUCACCGACGACACCGAGAAUGGAACUCGGAAUGAACAUUGGAGACCGAUAUACGAUCUUUGCCAACCGUGCAUAGUUAAUUACAAUCUCGUAAGCAAGUACGAGAGUUUGGUCGAAGACGCCACGGAAGUUCUCGAACGGAUAGGUGUCACAUCCGUGAAUUUUCCAGCUAGACCUUCAAGCAGCGAGCCAACGUCAAGAAAACUGGAUAGAUAUUACUCUACUCUAAGCUACAAGCAGCUUCGCAAGCUGGCAGAUCUGUACAAAUUAGAUUUAAGGCUGUUUGACUACUCGUUGGAGGAUGUGUUGGGAUUUUCCUUGGCUUAAGGUGCUCGUUAAUAUCAACAGAAGCAAAUGUACAAGUAAACUGUCAUAUCACUAAAGUCUAUGUAAUAUGACAAAACAGGCCAGUUCACGCGUUAGGAUGAAUAAUUAUUGUUAGUAUUUUGUAAAAUGCAAUAAUACAGAAAAGGCUCUGAGGUUUUCUGAAACCUCAGAGCCGAAUAGUAAACUUUUUCAGUUAUUUAUUGAAGAUUUUAUUUUGUAUAGACCAAGCCUCGCACUACCUCGUGUUAUGUACUGUAUUAUAGAAUUUAAAAAAAAUCAAAAUUAUACUCAUAUGAAAAAAACGUGUACACUACAUGGCAUACAUUGUUUUGAUAAAGAAAUUAAAAUUAAAAGAUGCAAAAUAAAUAUUUUAAAAUGUACAUACAAAGAUAUAUUACAAAUGUAAAAUGUACAUGAUUAAAAUGUAAAUUGUUUCAUAAAUUGCGGAAUAUGAAUUGUACGUAUGUUGAAUCUUUCUUCUCAUUUCUUUUACGUACGAAAAGUUACACAUAUUAAAUUACUUAUUUAAAUUAUUACUACAUGUUUAAUUACGCAACAAUAAUUAUCAUAUUUUACGAUUCAUACACAUGCUCGCAGAUACGCCUUAGAACUAUUUAUUUUUAAAGUUAUGGCGUUUUAAAUGUAUAGCGGCGGAGUUCGGUGCCAAGAAUUUAACCCGUUGUGGUCACACCUCCUAAAAAUAACGUAGUGGUCACACGGGGUCUAAUGGACCCCACAACAGUUUCCAUUUGCGUUUUUUUUUUAUGUAUCGACUCAAACCUUGAACUGGAAUUAAUUUAUGACUUCCUCUUGAUAAUCCAAUAAU